GCGCAACUGAACUAAACCGGCUAACGUUACUUCCGUAAUAACAAAACAGCGGUAUGAGAGCAUCCGGUUGCGCAGAGCUCGGCAUGGUUGCGCAUGUGACUAUUUUGAUAUCUCACCUAUAAUGCCUGAUUUAAUUAUAACUUGUUUUGAAUAUACAUUAUUUGAUUAAGAGUAUUUGCGAUACAUAAUGGAAUUUGAGGGCAGAGAUUUUCUCAAUUCACCUCCAAUGAAAACCGUGCGUUUUGGAGGCAAUGUUGCCAAUACUUUAGUUAAACUACAACAGGGCGACUCAAGUGACUACGAACUGAUAAAACAUCAACUCUCAGAUCCUGAUAUUAAGGAUGCUCAAAUUAUCAGCUGGUUGCAGGAAUUCAGGGUUUGUGUCACUCAACUCGGCAAGGAUCAUGAGCAAUUAAUACAUGUUGUUUUGAAGCUACCAUGGCUCGGUCGCAAUCAGGCUGUCGUGGAUGAAUAUCUGGCUUUUCUGAGUAAUCUAGUGUCGGCCCAGACGGUUCAUCUCAGAGCCUGUCUUGGAAUGGUUGUCUCUAAUUUUGCACCAAAGAGAAUAAGAAUCCAGGAGGGAAAUGUGGAUUUUUCAGAUUCUGAUGACGAAGAUGAAAAUCUGCCGAAGACAUUUGAUCAGUGUCAUCAAGCCUUACAGCUGAUUACAAGAUAUGUCCCAUCAACCAGUCGAUUCCUUAUGCCAAUCCUCUCUGAGAAGUUCCCUUUUGUGAAGAAGUCCUCCAGAACACUUGAGUGUUAUGUGCACAACCUGUUGAGGGCUUCGGCCUACAUCCCUGACCUGAGGAGAGACAUCUUAGAGCUCAUCAUCAGCAAGAUGCUCACGCUAGAUGUUAGUGCACCACGGAGUGAGAUUGAAGAAGUGGAAAGUGAAGCUCAGCAAGAUAUUAGUGAAGCACCGCAGGAUGAUUGCCUCUUCAACAUGGAUGAGGAAGAGGACUCGCCACUGAAUUCAAGACCUGAAAGAGCUGUAAUGGUCCAUCCUGUGGCAGAGAAAUUGGACACAAUGAUGACUGUCCUGCUGGCUUUCAUUAAAGACAUGUGCCAUGUUAAAGGCUCUGUAGAUAUUGAGAAAACCAAAGCUCUGUACAGAGACCUGGUGUCCGUGUUUGAUAAGGUGGUGCUUCCCACUCAUGCUUCCUGUCACGUGCAGUACUACAUGUUUUACCUGUGCAGCUUCCGUCUGGGUUUGGCUGAAGCUUUUUUGGAUCAUUUAUGGAAGCUGUUACAAGGCCCCAACCAGCCUCCCAUCCUGAGACAGGCCGCUGCUGGGUACAUGGGCAGCUUCAUGGCAAGAGCCAAGUUUUUGCCAGUAUCGACAGUCAAGGCCUGUCUGGACCUGUUAGUUCCCUGGCUGCACCUUUACAUUGACAGUCAGGACACAGGAUCCAAAGCGUUUUGUGAUGUCAGUCUACACGGCCCCUUUUAUGCAGCCUGUCAGGCUGUGUUUUACACACUGAUCUUCAGGCACAAUGUCAUUCUUGAGGGCAAUCUAAAGAAAGGGUUGGCGUAUCUUCAGGGUUUGAAUCUAGAGCGUAUAGUGAUGUGUCAGCUCAACCCUCUGAGGGUCUGUCUACCUGCUGUCACCAACAUGUUUGCAGCCAUCACCAGGAAGUACCAGCUCGUGUUCUGUUACACCAUCAUCGAGCGGAACAACCGGCACUUGUUGCCAGUGGUGAGGAGUUCAGUGGGCGGCAACUCCGUGUCCACUAACACAAACCCUCUGGAUACCUUCUUCCCUUUUGAUCCAUAUCUUCUGAAAAGCUCUGGAAAACUCAUAGAGCCAAUCUACCAGGUGUGGGAGGAGCCAUCCGACUGUGUGAUAGAUGUGCCCAAAAAGGAAGUCAGAAAGGGGUCUAUGGAGGAGGAAGAUGACUUUCUGCAUGGAGAAACACCUCAUGGAGACUCAGUAGUGGGCAUGACUCCAGGCUCUUAUGACUCCCAUCUGCACAGUCCACGGAGCGUGGGCUCUCCCCCCAUCUCCUUCCUGCAGAGGCCUUUCUGAUCCACCAUUGUGGUGAUCAGCUGGUCACAGAUGGGCUGUUCAGCCCGAGUUCACACCAUGAGGGGGCGCUCAAGGACUGCUUGUGUUAGUGCAGAUCAUACUGGAGCUCUAGACACACCAGCAUUACUGACCCCAGUGUUUGUCAGUAGUUUUACUAAACCCUCUAUUACACUUUAAGACUGCUUCAUAAAAUACAAAUAUGUGUUUGUUUGCAUAUUUUAACUAUAUUAGUAGUAAAAUGAAAGAAACAUUGCUUCUCAAGUAGACAGUCUGAUGUUUUUUUUUUCUGUUUUCAGAUUAAUCUGUCAGAGACUAUUGUAAUUAAAUUAUCACUGAGAUAAUUUGAGAUUAUUUUUUUUUUUGUAAUAUUUUCAGCUUAUUCUGAAAUGAUUGGAGAGGUUGGAAUUGCCUGGGGGUGUGUUUCAUUGGUAAAUGGGGGUCAUUUCCCAUGUUAAGAGUUUGAGCUCUGACUAAACCGGUAUCUGUUUGUACAAAAUAUUUUGUAGGAAACUGACUUGCAGAGAAUACAUUAAUUUAAAGAUGGAGUUAUGUUUUAUUGGUUGAAAUUUUAAUGGAAUUAUUGGGCUGUAUGUCAUAUUAUUCUGUUCAAAAUUCACAGCGCACACAGUGAAUGUUCUGAAUGUUGUGUUUGUGCGACUCUCAAGAGUUUUGAAAUUCGUACUCUUUAAGAUAACGUUAAAAUAGUCAUGCUAUCUUAUUAAAAUGUUGAAAAUAUGA